AUGCCCCAUAUCAACAUCCCACAUCCAUCUCCACACUCUUCCCUCCCAUCAAAAUCUCCAAUCCACCUCUCCUCGCCCUCGUCAGACGGCUGGAAACACAUCAUCUCCGUCGCACAAGCAUUCUCCGACCGUCUUUCUCAGCUCCCACAGGAUACCCCUGUUGCCACUAAUGAUCGUUGGAGCCAGCGUUGUCGCGAUAAGGGUAUAACCGGCACGAGAACAUCGACGACCGGAGCUGCUGCAGCAAUAACAAAAGACGUACAGGAUCUUUCUGCUGCACCACCGGUGGCGGCUGCAUCUUUUGAAUAUAUCAAUAAUGGCCACCAACCUAAACGCCGACGAGGUCGUCCGCCAGGUCGUGCUAAAAAGUCGAUUCCGGCAGCGAUAAUAGCAGCCAAGAGAAAUUUACGACAGAUAUCUGAGAUCUCGGAUCGCCAGUGGGGUCAUACGGAACCCGAAGUAGCAAACGGCUCUUCAGCUGGGAUCAAAAAUCAAGACGAAGACAGUACUACACAUAAUUUAAGACGGUCUACAAGGUCUGUUCGCCGGCGAACAAAUGUGGUGGAAAGUUCGUCCGAUAAUAAGAUAAUCGACCAGCCAAAUACGCCAGAACCAGCAAUUGAACCUGUAACCGAGCCCGAACCUAAACCAGAGAUUGAUGUCGAGCAAGAUCGCGAAACAGUUAUUGAAGCCCCUCCUGAGCCUCGAAAAUCUAGAAAACAACCAGAGACUAGGCAAAUUAAGCCGUCGACUCUAUUUUUCUUCACUGUCCUCCCGAAACCGAUUCCACCCCAUCUAGCUAGCCAGAGCCGUGCUUACGCCUUUUCAUUUUCUACACAACCUCUCACUCAUCGCAGAACCUUAACAUCCGACAAUGUCGUUAUGCUGUGCAUGCGCGCCAAAGUCAGGAAGCAGAAGCGUAUGCGUGAAUCAGGUGUCACUCAGCUGACUACACAAGUACCACAGGGAGGCUCGUUAGAACGUAACCUACGGAUUAUGAAACAGCGAAUAGAGAGGAUCAAUCAUAGAAAAGGGAAGCAAAUUGAUUGCGAAGUUGGCCCAACGACAGAGGUCGAGGAACCUCAAGAACAAGCCUCAAAUGACCACGAGAUUGAUACAUCGCGAGAGCAAAUAGAUGUCGAAGAAGCAGGGGCAUCGGUGCGAAGGAGAGGUCGAAAGAGGAAGAGGAAGUUGAACUAA